UCAUUUGUCAAGCCCCAUGUCAGCUUCUAAUAUCAGUAGUAACAGUCUCCCAGACACUCUCUUCCUUACAGGGAUUCCGGGACUGGAGGCUAGCCACAUCUGGAUUGCUAUCCCAUUUUGUGCCGUGUACCUGGUGGCACUGGCUGGAAAUGCUGCCCUUAUCUUGGUCAUUGUGACAAAGAAUGCUCUUCACGAACCCAUGUACCUCUUCCUUUGCCUUCUCUCACUCACCGACCUGGCCCUCAGCUCCACAACAGUACCCAAGACACUGGCCAUUUUGUGGCUUCAUGCUGGUGAGAUUUCCUUUAAUGGCUGCCUAGCCCAGAUGUUUUGUGUCCAUUCUAUCUAUGCCAUGGAGUCCUCAGUUCUUCUUGCCAUGGCCUUUGAUCGAUAUGUGGCUAUCUGCAACCCUCUGAGAUAUACAACCAUUCUCAACCAUAGUGCAAUAGGCAGAAUCGGCCUUGCUGGGAUAUUGCGGAGUAUAGCUGUUGUUUCCCCUUUCAUCUUCUUGCUGAAGCGACUGCCCUACUGUGGGCACCGUGUCAUGGCACACACAUACUGUGAGCACAUGGGCAUUGCUCGACUGGCCUGUGCCAAUAUCACCGUCAAUAUUGUCUAUGGGCUAACUGUGGCUCUUCUGGCCGUGGGUCUGGAUUCCAUGCUCAUUGCUAUCUCCUAUGUCUUUAUCCUCCAAGCUGUCUUUUCCCUUCCAUCUCGUGAUGCCCGGCACAAGGCUCUGAGUACCUGUGGCUCCCACCUUGGAGUCAUCCUGGUUUUCUACAUCCCUGCUUUCUUCUCCUUCCUCACUCACCGCUUUGGCAGACACCAAGUCCCCAGGCGUGUACACAUCUUUCUGGCUAAUCUCUAUGUGCUGGUGCCUCCUGUACUCAACCCAAUCAUCUAUGGGGCCAGGACCAGGGAGAUCCGAAGUCAACUUCUAAGAAUGCUUCACUUAAGGAAGGACUCAGUAUGAGUUCUGAGUAUAGG